AUGAAAAUCCUCGAACUCCCCAACGAAGUCCUCUCACGAAUAAUAUCUUUCCACGACACUGCGAGCCCUUUUGACGAAUCUCUCUUUCAAAAACCCAGACUGUCCGUCGACUCGGACUCUCUCGACACAUCCAUCCACUCAAUCCAGAGAAAAUCCCCAUUAAAACAACUCUCCUUAACAUCCCGCUUCCUCCACUCCCUUACUCUACCCCUCCUCUUCAAACACGCCGUCCUCUAUCCCUUACGCCUCAGCGACUUUCUGUCUUUUAUCAAAGAUCGCAACCUUCCCCCCCGAAUCUCCAGUAUUCUAGUCCACGUUCCAGGGCACUACAAUCACCUCCAUCCCGCAUGGUGGGCUCGCUUACUCAACGAAAUCCCCGCCACUCGCCUCACCAUCAUCGGCCCCCCCGAAGUCUUCGCCGAACUAGCCGGAAUCUGCUCCUGGAGCACUGACGCCUGGGCCUUUGACAUGGCGGUUCAGGUCCUCCGUUUCGAUCAACCCGUUGAAUCCACACGGUCGAAAAUCGAUUAUGACAACCUACCCAAUUUUCUCGUGGCGCGGCCUUGGACGAACAUGGUCGUCAACGAAGGGUCUAGUCUCAUGGCUUAUACCACUUAUGAAUUCUUCCUUCGGCGCACACCGUCACUUCUGACAGCGUUGCAUUUCAACAACUCAGCCGCCGGAGACGCCAUGUUCGCCAACCUGGUUAGUUUCGACUUUAUCGGCAUCUUCCCCUUUUACAAUCACGUGGAUGAGAUUUUGAAAUGCAUCCGCAAAAUGAAAAAGCUGCAAAAACUGCUGAUCAAACUUUGUCCCGAACCUGAUAGUACAGUUCUGCAUGAUGAAAUAGAAAGUGCCGGGGGACACUUGGAUGUCAACGAUCCAUGGAACGAAUGCGAGACCUCGUGGGUACUGAUCGCUGAUACCGUCGUAUUUUUGACCAUAGAAGGCGCACUUCGGGAGCUCCGAAUGGACGAUGUCAAAGUUGACGGAGUAAGACAGAUGUUGGAAAACAGGCUGAAUGAUAGGCUGCAAGAGUGGUGGGCGUAUGAAGCCCCAAGUUCCGGUCUGUGGCGGAGAAAAAGCCCACGCUUCAUUGGUUCAAAUUAA